UAUUUACUUACACUCACGUUAGCGGCACGAGUGUGUUUAUAUUCUUGCGUGAUUGCUACAACCUACGUAUCUUUGUUUCUAAGGGCAUUUGUGCGUAUUAAUUACCUAUGUGCAACUUUUACACCACAUUCCUCGGAAAUUGCAGCAGGACACGCUGAGCGCGCGCUGCCAACUCCCUGAUUAACUCCCGCGCGCGCUUGUGAUUUUCAUCAACUCAGGAAUUAUGGGAUGCUGCGGUAGCACACAGAAGAGCCGUGAGUGGAAACCCUUAGAGCAGAGGAAGUGCACAGACAUCCCAUGGCUUCUUCUGUUCAUCCUCUUCAAUAUCGGCAUGCUCUGCAUCUGUGGCUUUGCCAUUGCGACAGGGGCCGCGUCCAGACUCAUAUCAGGGUACGACAGCUACGGGAACACCUGCGGUCAGAAGAACGCCAAAAUCCCGGGAAUAGAGCUCAGCGGCCUCGACCACACGUCCAGAAAGUAUGUGUUUUUCCUGGACCCCUGUAACAUCGACAUAGUGAGAAGAAAGAUUAAAUCUGUGGCUUUGUGCGUCUCGAAGUGUCCAGACACGGAGCUGAAGACUUAUGAGGAUCUCAGAAAGUUCUCAGAAGUUAACGGAUCUAAUUUGUGUUCCUACGAUGUACAACCGGAGUCGUAUUCCUCUGAUGCUAAUAAGGCUACAAAAUGUCCAAAACUUCCUGUCUAUCCAAGUGCAUCCUUACCAGUGUUUCACCGCUGUAUGCCAGUUGACAUUUCCUGCUACGCCAGGUUUGCCGAGGCCUUCAUCUCUUUCGUCAGUGACAACAGCGUGGUGCACCGAGUCAUCGCUGGAGUGAUGACAUCCAAAGAUAUCAUCAUGGGCCUGUGUCUGCUCGCUCUCGUUCUGUCUCUGAUCCUGAUGGUUGUGAUCCGCUACAUCUCUGUGGUUCUGGUCUGGAUUCUCUCAGCCGUUGUGGUGGUCGGGUCCAUCGGUGGGACGGGGAUCUUGUGGUGGCUGUAUGUGGAUCACAGUAAAUCUGUGAAUGGCACUCGACCGGCUCUGGAACUGGAGGUGGCCAAAGACAACCAGACAGCCCUGCUCAUCUACGCCAUCGCUGCCACGGUCUUCACUGUGAUCCUGCUGCUGCUGAUGUUCUUCAUGAGGAAGCGUGUGGCGCUCACCAUCGCUCUGUUUCAUGUGGCUGGUAAAGUGUUCACCCAUCUGCCUCUGCUGGUCCUGCAGCCCUUCUGGACCUUCCUCACGCUCAUGCUCUUCUGGGUUUACUGGAUCACCGUGCUCCUCUUCCUCGGAUCCGCAGGAAGUCCAGUGCAGAAUAACCAGACGGGUCUGGUGGAGUUUCGAAUGGACGGGCCGCUGCAGUACAUGGUGUGGUACCACGCCGUGGGCCUCAUCUGGAUCAGCGAGUUCAUCCUCGCCUGUCAGCAGAUGACCAUAGCCGGAGCGGUCGUCACUUACUACUUCACCAGAGAUAAGUCUCAGAUGCCCUUCACGCCCAUCGUGACGUCUGCGCUGCGUCUGAUGCGCUAUCAUCUGGGCACCGUGGUCAAAGGAGCCUUCAUCAUCACUCUAGUGGAGAUCCCCCGCCUCAUCCUCACCUACAUCCACAGUCAGCUCAAAGGAAGAGAAAACUCCUGUGCGCGCUGCAUGCUGAAGGCUUGUAUCUGCUGUCUGUGGUGUCUAGAAAAGUGCCUCGCUUACCUGAACACGAACGCAUAUACGGCAACGGCCAUAAACAGCACCAGCUUCUGCACGUCUGCACGAGACGCUUUCAUCAUCCUCGUGGAAAACGCCCUCCGCGUGGCAGCUAUCAACAGUGUCGGGGACUUUGUGCUGUUUUUAGGAAAGGUGUUGAUCGUGUCGUGUACGGCGUUUGCGGGCAUCCUUUCACUCAACUAUCAGCGUGAAUACACCGUCUGGGUGCUGCCGCUCAUCAUCGUGUGUGUGUUCGCCUUCCUGGUGGCGCACUGCUUCCUCUCCAUCUUUGAGAUCGUAGUAGACGUCCUCUUCCUCUGCUUCGCCAUCGACACCAAGUACAACGACGGCAGCCCGGGCAGAGAGUACUACAUGGACAAGACCCUCAUGGAGUUUGUAGAAAACACCAGGAGAGACACGGAGCGGUACAGCAAAGUAGAAGGAGACAGUCGAGAAAUGAAAUCCAUGACUGGAGGUACACUGGCUUGAUGAAGACCGGCGCUGUAUUACAUCAACUGACAGGCCUAAAAAGUGCUAUUGAGAUGCACAACAGCUUCUCUUCAGGGAAUUCAGUGUGACAGACAUCUGUCAUCAUGACUGCAGGCCAUUUGACAUUAGAAUAGCUCCAGGACAGUGAGCUGGGUAUAUGCACAAAAAAACAACAACACAAGACUGGAUGUCUGCA